CCCACCCGCAUCCCCACUUAAGUGUUCUAACAACUUACCACCCUCUGACCUACCCACCAUCUGUCUUCCCAUCCAGGAUGUCAGCUGCCUGGGGGCAGGGGGCAGGGAUUUGUCUGUGUUGGUCCUGGGCGGUUCGCUGCCUGGACCAGCUCUUGGCACACAAUAGGCACGAAAGGAGCGUCUGCUGAAUGUGUGAACAAGGUGAUGUGUGUGACCUUGAAGACUUCGAGGCACCUGCCCGUGCAUGUGGCUACCCGGACAUGUGGGUUUGGACACAGUGGAACUUGGGGCAGACCAGGGUGACGUGUGGACGUGGGAGACGUGUUCUGAGUACUGGCAAGUGCGUGUGAGAGGCCUGUGUGUCCUCAUCUGAGAGGCUGCAAGCGGCUGAACCCCGAGAGAGAAGACAAGGGGAGCCAGGGAGAUGGCCACAGUACAUGCAUAGGAGCUCACCUGUGUGAGCAGGGCAACACUUGGGAGGGUACGACAGAGCUGGGGCAUGUGAGUGUUGAGGGGCGUGCACUGAACAAAACCCAGGCUCAGCCUCUGCGAGCGGAUAUUUUGGUGGAGGAAUUCAGAUAAUAAACACUGGCAAACAAACAAGACAAUUCCAGAGAGAGACAAAUGCUAAAAUGACAAAGUGGGACUGUGACAGUGCCCAGGAGGAGCAACGCUAAAUGGGGGUGGUCAGGAAGGGCUUCUGAGGAGGGGACAUCUGAGCUAAGACCUGAGUAAGGAGAGAGAGGAGGCCAUGUUAAAAUUCCGGGAAGAAUGUUCCAGACCGAGGAAAGGGCAAGUACAAAGGCCCUGAGGCAGGACUGUGCCUGGUGUGUUUGAGGAGCAACUAGGAGGCCAGUGUGCCUCGAACACUGUGAGUGAGGGGUGAGUGGGAGAGGAGGGCAGGGAGGGGACAGGAAGAGGGUGCAGGGCCUUGUGGGGGCGCAGGAAGACUUGGACUUUUGCUCUGAGUGAGCUGGGAGCCACAAAGGGUUCUCUAGGAAAAGGAGAGACAUGACCUGAUUCUUUGGCAGCUGUGGGAGAAACAGACCAGAGGCUGAUGGCAGACAACUGGAGGCCUGGGGGGCAGCUGAUGUAAGGAAAUCCAGAUGGUGUCUUGAGCUGGGAUCAUGGUGGGGGGUGAGCAUGGGGGAAUGUGGAGGAAUUCAGGGUCCAAACAGAAGAGCUGACAGGCCUGGCUGAUAGGUUGGAUCUGUUGUGAAAAAAGAGGAGACAGGAAUGACUCUGGGAUUGGGGGAGAUGGGGCCUCUGCUACUAGACUGAGUUAGUGAGACUUUAUCUCUCACCCCACCUCACCCCUCUCACCCAUUCUCCUUCUGCUCCUGCCUCCCCAUAAGUUCCUUUAAUACAUCAGGCACGGUCUAGCCUCAGGGCUUUUGCAUUUGCUGUUUCCCCUGCCAGGGAUGCUGUUCUUCCCCAGAUAUCCUCAUUACUUCCUCCCUUACCUCCUCCAGGAGGUCUUCCCUCCUUUCAAAUUGCCAGGGCCCAGAUCUCCACAUCUCUGUUUUCCUGUUAUCUUAACACCGGCUAAUACACUCUAUUAAUCCCUAUAGCUUAAUUAUUUUGUUUCUUGCCCAUCAGGGCAGGAAGUUUUGUGUUUUGUUCCAUACCGUAGUCCCUAGAACCGUGGCUGGCACACAGCAAGCACUCAAUGAAUGAAUGCAUGACAUGCUGUCCCGCAGGGCGUCGGGAACCAAGUGGAAAGGCCAGGGUGGGAUCCCUGGGGCAUCUCAGCCUGGGGGCGGGGACCUGGAGCAACGCGGGUUUGGCGCAACCCGAGAGUUGGGGGCCCGGCUAGGCUCCCGGGACUCCCCUCCUUCCUGUUCGUCCUCUGCCUUCAGGUCUGCCAUGUCGGCGCCUCAGCUGCGCACGUUGCAGCUGCUGCUCCUGCUGGGCGCGACGUGGGCGCGGGCGGGCGCCCCGCGCUGCACCUACACCUUCGUGCUGCCGCAGCAGAAGUUCACGGGCGCCGUGUGCUGGAGCGGGCCGUCCGCCGCGCGCCCGGCCGCGGAGGCCGUGAACGCCAGCGAGGUGGCAGCGCUGCGCAUGCGCGUGGGACGCCACGAGGAGCUGCUGCGCGAACUUCAGCGGCUGGCGGCGGCCGAUGGCGCCGUGGCCGGCGAGGUGCGCGCGCUGCGCAAAGAGAGCCGCGGCCUGAGCGCGCGCCUGGGCCAGUUGCGCGCGCAGCUGCAGCAUGAGGCGGGGCCGGGGGCGGGUCCAGGACCGGGGGCGGAGCCCGCUGCUCUGCUGGCGCUGCUUGGGGAGCGCGUGCUCAACGUGUCAGCCGAGGCGCAGCGCGCCGCCGCCCGCUUCCACCAGCUGGAUGUCAAGUUCCGGGAGCUGGCGCAGCUGGUCACCCAGCAGAGUGGCCUCAUCGCCCGCCUGGAGCGCCUGUGCCCGGGGGGCACGGGUGGGCAGCAGCAGGUCCUGCCACCGCCCCUGGUGCCUGUGGUUCCUGUCAGUCUGGUGGGUGGCAUUAAUGAUACCAGCAGGAGGCUAGACCCGGCUCCAGAGCCCCUGAGAGACCAGACCCUGAGACAGCAGGGGCCCUUGGCUUCUCCCAUGCCUGCAGGGCACCCUGAUGUCCCCACCAAACCGACAGGCCCAUGGCAGGAUUGUGCAGAGGCCCACCGCUCAGGCCACAGGCAGAGUGGUGUGUAUGAACUGCGACUGGGUCGGCACGUGGGGUCGGCAUGGUGUGAGCAGCAGCUGGAGGGUGGAGGCUGGACUGUGAUCCAAAGGCGGCAAGAUGGCUCUGUCAACUUCUUCACCACCUGGCAGCACUACAAGGUGGGCUUCGGGCAGCCUGAUGGAGAAUACUGGCUGGGUCUGGAACCUGUGCAUCAGCUGACCAGCCGUGGGGACCAUGAGUUAUUGGUGCUCCUGGAGGAUUGGGGAGGGCGUAGUGCACGUGCCCACUAUGAUGGUUUCUCCCUGGAGCCUGAGAGUGACCACUAUCGCCUACGGCUUGGCCAGUACCACGGAGAUGCUGGAGACUCUCUUUCCUGGCACAAUGACAAGCCUUUCAGCACCGUGGAUAGGGAUCGAGACUCCUAUUCUGGUAACUGUGCCUUGUACCAGCGGGGAGGCUGGUGGUACCAUGCCUGUGCCCACUCCAACCUCAAUGGCGUGUGGCACCGUGGCGGCCAUUACCGCAGCCGCUACCAAGAUGGGGUCUACUGGGCUGAGUUUCGUGGCGGGGCUUACUCUCUCAAGAAGGCUGCCAUGCUGAUCCGGCCCCUGAGGCUGUGACCGUCUGUCCAUCUGUCCCCCAGGUCCCAGAGGAUGUUUGUCAGCAGGAGCCCAAGUCGUCCUGGCUACCCCUGCUUUGUGACUUAGUGCGGGCCACAUCCCACACACUCUCCUGUUGUGAAUCUGCUCCCCGGGGUCCUGAAAACGGGACCCAGGAAUCCCCCUGCCAAUGUCGCAGACCCAAAUGGCUCCUCGAGGGCAUUUAGAUCUCAGUUUGAGCUCAUAUUUUAUAACAACACAAAAUAUCCACA